AUGCCCGACCAGGCGAGGGCCGAGCGGCCACCGACGGGCGCCGGCGUCGGGCGACGACCGAGGCCACGACGAGGCUGGCCGGGAAAGGCACCGGCGAGGCCGGCCGAGUGCCGGACUGCAGCAGAGGACGGCGGGGUCGCACGAGGGGCGGUGGAGGCGGCUGCAGGGCAGGGCGGCAGGGGAGCCGCAACGGCUGCGGUGGCGGGCGCCAGCCGCGGGGCAAGCGACGGCGCGAGGGGAGGUAGUGGCCGGCGGGUCAGCAGCGGAGGGGAAGCCGACGUGAGCGUCGCCAGGGGCCGAGCAGGAGCACGACGAGGCCGACGGGUGACUGCAGGCGGCAGGCCACGCGGGCACAGGCAGAGGGCGCGGGCGCGGCCAGGGCGGCCGGCGCGCGUGCGGGCGUCGGUGAGCAGCGGGGCCGGGCGCGGUCGGCGCGGGGCUCAAGGGGGGAAAGCAAGGGCGGCAUGA